UAAGGAAAUGUACAGAGCCUACAGCGACAUGAGAGAGGCCAACUGGAAAAAUUCUGACAAAUACUUUCAUGCCAGAGGAAACUAUGAUGCUGCGCGGAUAGGACCAGGAGGGAAAUUCGCUGCUUGGAUUAUCAGCGAUGCCAGAGAGCUCUAUCCGGCAGUAACUGGUAGUGGUGCUGCGGACUCAGCAGCUGAUCAAGAAGCAAAUCGUUGGGGUCGGAACGGAGGAGAUCCCAACCGUUACAGACCCCCAGGCCUACCUUCUAAAUACUGAGAAUAUAAUACGUGGUCUAAUAAAACUCAUGAUAAACAUGUAUUU